CACUUUUUUUUUCCUCAAAAAAACCCUCUAAAAAAUUAUAGAAUUCUCUGUCCUCAGCAACCAAAAUCACAUCAAUGCUUCUCACAGUUCUUCCCAGUGCCAUUUCACAAACUGGGAUCACUACACACCAAGCUUCACACUUUUAAAUACUCUGCUGCCAUAUGAUCAAUUUUACUUGCAAUCAUGGAUCAUAGAGUUCACAUUUUUCUGCUUAGCUUGCUGGUUUAACAUGGUGUGUAUGAAAGGAUGACUGGGACAUCUGUCCUUAGCCAAAACCAUCUUUUGUCACUACCAAAUAUUCCACCCCAAAGCUCUGAAUUGAAUACAAGGUUCAAUGAGCAGGGAUGGUUGUCUCUGCUCAAGAGUUGCAAGAGCAUGGAAGAUUUUAAGCAAGUUCAUGCCCAAAUUCUAAAAUUGGGCCUUUUCUGGGAUUCUUUCUGUGGGAGCAAUCUUGUUGCCACUUGUGCUCUAACAAAAUGGGGUAGCAUGGAGUAUGCUUGCUCAAUCUUCCAGCAAAUUGAGGAACCGGGUAGCUUUGAAUAUAACACCAUGAUCAGAGGGAAUGUCAAUAAUAUGUAUCUAGAAGAAGCUUUACUGCUUUAUAUUGAGAUGCUUGAAAGUGGAAUUGAACCUGACAACUUCACCUACCCCUUUCUUCUCAAGGCUUGUUCUCUAUUAGGUGCUCUCAAGGAAGGAAUGCAAAUUCAUGGGCAUGUUUUUAAGGCAGGUCUUGAAGGUGAUAUGUUUGUGCAAAAUAGCUUGAUCAGCAUGUAUGGCAGAUGUGGGGAAAUAAAGCAUGCUUAUAAUGUGUUUGAGCAAAUGGAUGAGAAGAGUGUAGCUUCAUGGAGUUCUGUUAUUGGUGCUCAUGCUAAUGCGGAAAUGUGGCAUGAGUGCUUGAUGCUUCUUGGGGACAUGAGCAGUGAAGGACGCUGUAGGGCUGAAGAGAGCACCCUAGUUAGUGUGCUCUCUGCUUGCACACAUUUGGGGUCUCCUAAUCUUGGAAGGUGCAUACAUGGGAUCUUGUUGAGGAACAUUAGUGAACUCAAUGUUGUUGUGAAAACCUCAUUAAUUGACAUGUACGUCAAAUGUGGGUGCCUUGAGAAAGGGCUUUGUGUAUUCCAAAAUAUGGCUGAGAAGAAUAGAUAUUCUUACACUGUAAUGAUCUCAGGGCUUGCCAUUCAUGGACGUGGUGGGGAAGCUCUAAGAGUUUUCUCAGAAAUGCUGGAAGAAGGUUUGGAACCAGAUGAUGUUGUCUAUGUGGGUGUGUUAAGUGCUUGCAGUAAUGCUGGUCUUGUCGACGAGGGUCUACAGUGUUUUAACCGCAUGCAAUUUGAGCAUAAGAUUAAACCAACAGUUCAGCACUAUGGUUGCAUGGUGGACCUCAUGGGGAAAGCUGGGAUGCUUAGGGAAGCUUACAACCUCAUGAAGAGUAUGCCAAUUAAACCUAAUGAUGUGGUUUGGAGAAGUCUUCUUAGUGCCUGUAAGGUUCACCAUAACUUAGAAAUCGGUGAAAUUGCAGCUGAAAAUCUUUUCAUGUUGAAUUCUAACAACCCCGGGGACUAUUUGGUGCUAGCAAAUAUGUAUGCACAGGCUCAAAAGUGGAAUAAUGUGGCCAGGAUCAGAAGAGAAAUGGCUGAUAAACGCUUAGUACAAACGCCAGGGUUCAGUUUGGUUGAAGCAAAGAGGAAGGUUUACAAGUUUGUUUCACAGGACAAGUCACAACCCCAAUGGGAUAGCAUCUACGAUAUGAUUCACCAAAUGGAAUGGCAGUUGAAAUUCGAAGGCUAUGUACCAGAUACAUCACAGGUGUUGCUUGAUGUAGAUGAAGAAGAAAAGAGGCAGAGAUUGAAAUGUCAUAGUCAGAAGUUGGCAAUUGCUUUUGCACUAAUACAUACAUCAGAGGGAUCUCCCAUAAGAAUAUCAAGAAAUCUUAGGAUGUGUAGUGACUGUCAUACAUAUAGUAAAUAUAUUUCCAUGAUCUAUGAACGAGAAAUUACUGUAAGAGACCGUAACCGCUUCCACCAUUUUAAAGAUGGAACUUGCUCAUGUAAUGAUUAUUGGUGAAUUUUAUUAUAUUUAUGCCUUAAGGAUUUCUUUUAGAACUGAGUAGUUGUUUUUUUAUCUGUAUCAUUGACAUUUCCCUCACACAUUUG